GCUCAUUCCUUCUUCCAACUUUAAACCCCCCUGUUCCCAACCCAACCAACCAACAUGGCUUCUGUUCUGCUUCGCUCGCUGACUUCGGCGAUCGCCCGACCGGCCGCCGUUGCCACCGCAGUGCGCUCGGUCGCUGCCGUCCAGCCCAUCCGCAUGGCCUCGUCUGUUCGCGUGCAGUGGCUCAACGCGACCGACAUGGACGCUCACACUCGCUCUGCCGUCAAGUGCUGCUCGGAUCUCCUUGCGUCGAACGACAUUGUCGUUCAAGAUAUCCGCGUCCCUGAGAAGGAGGUUGGCGAGGCCCGCCAGUCGGUUGCCAAGGGCUAUGCUUUCUUCCGCCUGAACAACGCCGAUGAUGUCCGCCGUGCCUCCAGGGCUUUUGAAACCGCCCCUCCGAUCUUCUUGCCUGAGGGUCUUCAACUGAUCAUGGUCCCGAGCAGGGAUACCGAGACAGACCCCACGCUCUUCGUCUCGUUCGGCGCUUCGCCCGACGCUGUCGCGAACGUCCAGAAGAUCUUUGGCAACUUCUUUGGCGCCUUCGGCACCAUCAUGAACAUUGAGGUCCAACAAAACAAGUAUGGCGCACCCACCGGCUUUGGCUUUGUCAACUUUACCGAGGAUGAGGCUGCCGAGAAGGCCGCGACCGAGCUGCGCGGAACUGCCUCGCCUCUCAACACACCUUUCUUCCGCGUCACCAACGUGCCAUACCUGACGGAGGAGCAGCGCAAGGAAGCUACCGCUGAGCGUUUCGCCCAGCGCGUUGCUGCCCGAAAUGAGCGUCGCGCCUACAACCGCGACGGUGAGCGCCCCGCUGAUGGCGAGCGUCGCCCCUACAACGGCGAGCGUCGUCAGUACAAUGGCGAGCGUCGCCCGUACAACGGUGAGCGUCGUCAGUACAAUGGCGAGCGUCGUCCGUUCCAGCGCCGCGAUCGUGGCGAGCAGCAGCAGCAACCACAAGAGCAGAACUAAAACUUUUCGAGCGCUGCCAAUGGUUUGUUGUAAAAUUCACGCGAAUACACAGAUGGGUUUUUCUCUUGUUGUUUUUUGUUGUGUUGUAGAACGUUGUGCACAGUUUUGAAAAAAAAAUGGAUCAGCCAUCACUGUGACACGG